AUGGUGGCUGCCGAUAGACAACAUAUUUAUCAAACUAUUCAAACAAGUCUUGUCCAUAUUCCAUCAUAUAUUGGACAGGAACCACUGGAUGAUUAUUGUAAUAGGAUUGAAACAGCCAUUAGCUAUACUGAUACAAUGAUUGCUGAUACUAAUACUGCAAAUGCCAAUACUUUUACUGAUGCACAUAAGGCAGAUAUUUAUAAAUCGAAAAUGACGGAAAA